GACAACUCUAGUCGGCCCACCGCGACGACGCCGCGUAGAAUAUUUUUGUUUCUCCACAUUCGUUGAAAAACAGCGGCAAUUGCUUGUUUUUAUGUGAGGUGCGCGUCCCAGGCAAAUGCAAACGAGUCCGCGACUUCAAUUGCCGAACGCCUAACGCCGCCGUGAACAGAAAAUAACAGUGAUGCGAAAGACCCGCUCGCAGACGGCUCGCACGCAGGCGGAAAAUGCCGCAACAUCUUCGAGCCCCGGGCACCAAUCGACAUCGUCAGCGCCAAUAGCAGUUAAUCCCUUUGAUACCAGCAAGUACAAGGAAUGUGAGCAAAUGGUGCAGAUGCUUCGAGUGGUCGAGCUGCAAAAAAUCCUGUCGUUUUUGAACAUCUCAUUCGCUGGACGAAAAACCGACCUGCAGAGCCGCAUCCUCUCGUUCUUGCGCACCAACUUGGAACUGCUUGCCCCGAAGGUCCAGGAAGUCUACGCCCAGUCCGUGCAGGAGCAAAACGCCACGCUGCAGUACAUCGACCCAACCAGGAUGUACUCGCACAUCCAGCUGCCGCCCACCGUGCAGCCCAAUCCGGUGGGCCUCGUGGGCAGCGGUCAAGGCGUGCAGGUACCCGGCGGCCAGAUGAAUGUGGUCGGCGGCGCACCCUUCCUCCACACACACAGCAUCAACAGUCAGCUGCCUAUUCACCCUGAUGUGCGGCUUAAAAAGCUAGCCUUCUAUGAUGUACUCGGAACGCUGAUCAAGCCUUCAACUCUGGUGCCACGCAACACUCAGCGCGUCCAAGAGGUGCCUUUCUACUUCACACUCACGCCGCAGCAGGCCACAGAGAUUGCCUCUAAUCGCGACAUCCGCAACAGCUCCAAGGUGGAGCACGCCAUUCAGGUUCAACUGCGCUUUUGCCUGGUGGAGACUUCGUGCGACCAGGAGGACUGCUUCCCGCCGAACGUAAACGUCAAAGUGAACAACAAGCUCUGCCAGCUGCCUAAUGUCAUUCCUACAAACCGACCAAAUGUGGAGCCCAAGCGUCCGCCGCGACCCGUUAAUGUCACGUCCAAUGUAAAGCUGUCGCCUACCGUCACCAACACCAUAACAGUGCAGUGGUGUCCGGACUACACGCGUAGCUACUGCCUGGCCGUAUACCUGGUAAAGAAGCUCACAUCAACACAGCUUUUGCAGCGAAUGAAGACGAAGGGCGUAAAACCAGCGGACUACACGCGAGGCUUAAUCAAAGAGAAGCUGACUGAGGAUGCUGACUGCGAAAUAGCCACCACUAUGCUGAAGGUUUCCCUUAACUGCCCGUUGGGCAAGAUGAAAAUGCUGCUGCCUUGUCGAGCAUCAACCUGCUCGCAUCUGCAAUGCUUCGAUGCCAGUCUCUACCUGCAAAUGAAUGAGCGUAAGCCCACGUGGAACUGCCCUGUAUGCGACAAGCCGGCCAUUUAUGACAACCUGGUCAUAGAUGGCUACUUCCAGGAGGUGUUGGGCUCGUCGCUUCUAAAGAGUGAUGAUACUGAGAUUCAACUUCAUCAGGAUGGAUCUUGGAGCACACCAGGACUACGGAGCGAGACGCAGAUCCUUGAUACGCCUUCAAAGCCCGCCCAAAAGGUUGAGGUUAUAUCGGAUGACAUAGAACUUAUCUCGGACGACGCCAAGCCAGUAAAGAGGGAUUUGUCCCCAGCACCGGACGAGCAGCCCACAUCAACGUCAAACAGUGAAACUGUUGACCUAACGUUAAGCGAUUCAGACGACGACAUGCCGCUGGCUAAGCGUCGUCCGCCCGCCAAGCAAGCCGUCGCCAGUUCCACGUCGAACGGCAGCGGUGGCGGCCAACGUGCCUACACCCCGGCACAGCAGCCCCAGCAAUCCGAAUCCCCAGAACAGCAGGCCAGCCGCCAAUCGCCAGAGAAGCAGCCAGUCUCAGAGCAGCAACUGCAGCAGCAACAGCACGAGCAGCCAGCGGCGGCAGCCGUCCAUGCCUCCCUCCUGGAAUCCCUGGCUGCUGCGGUCGCGGAUCAAAAGCACUUCCAACUGUUGGAUCUGGCUGCGGUUGCGGCUGCUGCAGCUGCCACGGCGUCCUCCGGCCAGAGCCAGAAUGCCGGCCCGUAGGCAGAACCCCCAGAACAUCCCACACACAUUAAUCGCACAUCUCACGGCUCGCGGUCUCAUCUCUCACUGUUAUGGCCCCUAUUUUGGCCCGUCCAGUUUUUGUUUUCGGUUCCACUUCCGGUGGCACACGGCCACAUAUUACCUCAGAGGCUAUUCUUCGGCGUUCGAUUCGCCUUGCAUCACCUCCAUUAUUCAUACUCUCUCAAUCGCGAGCCACCAACUGAUGCUUGUAAUUCUUGUGUUGCAGGACGCAGGCAGUACAGACAGGUUUUGUAGGAGAGGCUCCCCUGUUCCCGAGUGAAUCCAAGUGCUCCCCCAUCGGCCAGAUUGUUGCUGCCCCUUUUUUCAGUUGGCUCACCCCAAAACACUUUGCUUACGUCCCGUGUCUUUAAUUCGUGUCGUCUCGAGUAGUUAGUUGUGUUACGCUUUGCCAGUGCUCUCAGCAACACACGCCACACCACACAGCAACUGAAAUAUUCCUAGAUAUUACCAACACACAAACUAGCACCAGCAUUAAUUAGCAAUUACUAUAGGAAACGCAAUUAAUUUAUUUUCCAUUGAAGCGGUCAGCGCAAUGGACACGAGAAGUACGAAACGAAAGGAUGCAUGCCAGGCGGCGGCCAGUCGCGGUAACAAAAUUUAAAGUAGUUAAGUUAUUUUAGUUAAACUACGGAUUCUGUACGGAUUGGAGGCGGUGUUGUGUGGAGUUGGAGAGUGCUGCAUGCCUCGCAUUUAAGUUACGUUGCAAGACAGGGCGGAAUGGCAUAUGGAAUUAAAGGUCCAUAAUAUUGAAAGCAAUCGAAGGUGUUUUUAUCAAUGCAAAUCGAUUGGAAAUGACGGAUUAUGUAUGUUAUGUAUGUCGUCCAGCUAGACGCUCAGUUUAUAUGACCUCCCUGGCCUUUGUUGGCGUAUUUAAGCUCAAACCGUACCACUACGGAUUUAUAUGUUAAGAUUUUUAAUUGAACAAUGCUUUGACUAUGACCACGCAAACCCCCCUAAAUAUCUGAACGAACAAAUAUGAAAUCAAUGUACAAGGAGACGUGUACUUUAACUAUACGAUUAAACAAUUUUCAACCAA